UAAUAGAUCACGUUUCUAGUUUAUCCUUACAAUCCAACUCGCCAAUCCAUAAUUAUGACAAACUCACCACUUUUUAAUCGAUUUUCAAAACGUGACCAUAUAGAAACAUCAAGACGAAGACGGUCAGGAUUUUACAGUAACUUCUCCUCCUUCCCCUUUGAUUGAUUUUCUGUUUGGUGUUCCUCAAUGGGAUUAACCCUUAGAAAGCAAACUACAUCUUGAACGAUCUGUCAUCAUCUUGUCGGCAAUUUGAGAAAAUAAGACGAUUUUUUUUUUUUUUUUAGGGGUAUCAGGAUUACAAUGCUGGUUGUUUGAGCAUUUGUUUGAGUAGUGCUUGGAAUGUGUUCGAUGAAAUGUACAAGUGAAGAAUUUGAUCAAAUGUAGGUCUUUGGUUAAAUGACAAUAUGGUGAGAGUUUUUAAAGUAAAACCCAAUGCUUUUGUUUAUGCCUCACUAAUAAAAAAGGGCUAUGUAAUGUGAAUGAUAUGAGUUUGGUUGUUAAGCUUAAAGAUGAGAUGUUGGAACCUAUAAUUAGUGCACUUUUCAAGGUCAGUUGCAAGGAAGAUGUUAUUGGAUCUUUAGAGGAAAUGCUAGAAAAAGGGCAUAAUCCUGAUAGUAUAGUUACUUUAUUAUGCAAUGAUAUAUGGGUUUUGCCAGGAUAAGGAUUUUGAUACAACAUAUGCUGUUUAAAGUGAGAUGACAGAGAAGAGGUGUAAAUCAGAUGUUAUUAGACUUAGUUAUAAUGUAAUUACCGGAGUAUUUUGCCGCGGAGAGAAAAUUGAUGGAAACAAAUGAAUAAUUUGGAGACAAGCCAAGCCAAAAUUGUGCUUCUGAUGUGAUUAAAUUGUUGGACAUUAUUUGAUGGGCUAUGUGAGUUCAGGGAAGUUGCAUUUAUUUUGGAUGAGAUGGUUUUCAGAGGUUAUGCCAUUAUUCUGCAAGUAUAAUAAAAUUUGUUGAUGAGUUGUGUUGAGGUGGUAAUCUGAAGUUACGUACAGUUCUAAGUAGUUCUGUAGAAGGAAAUUUAAUUGAUGUAGUAGAGUGCUGGUUCCCAUGGCAUACAAUACAAGAACAAUAAGCUUUUAAAUGCCUUUUAGCUUGUAGAAACCUUGCCAAUGCCGUAAGUGAUGCUCUUCCAAUCAGGUUUGGCUGUGAGCAUAUUGGAAUCAUUCCCUAAACUUGCUGGCAAACAUGACGAAAAGGGUAUAACAGCUUUAGAUCUGUUGGCCUCAAAACCAUUGUCCUUUAGAAGUGGAUCUUCAUAUACGCUUAAAAAUCUAGGCUCCAUGCCUUUCAUUCCCGUCCAGAUUUUGGGAGUUUUGGUCUAUAGUUGUAUUCCAUCCAUGGUUAUUGAUUCGGAAAUUGUUGGUGAUGAGGAGGACCCACGUGGUAGUGCACAUGAUACCUCCAAAUCAGAAGGGACUUUGUUAUCCAAAUUAAUGUCAGGGUACAAAAGGAUCAUCAGAGUUUGUCCUUGGAUUAAACGAAUUGAUGAUGCAAGGCAAAAGCAUGUGUUUGCAAGAGAGCUGGUAAAAAGACUGAUAGAAGAAGAAAAUGGUUGGAGCAAUUACCUACAUUGCAAAAAUUUUCAUGUUUCUGGAUUGGGCUGCUUUGGAGAAACUCCGUCACAAAAUAAGAAGAAUAGAAUGAAAGACCCACUUAUCCUAGUGACAAAACACGGCAUCCAUGAGAUGGUAGAGGAAAUCCUUGAAAAAUUCCCUAAUGUUGCAACUACAUUUGAUGAGAAUGGAAGAAACAUACUGCAUAUUGCAGCACAGUUGAGAGAUACAAUUCUCUAUGACUACUUGAAGAAGACUGUUAAUCACGCAUAUAAAAAAGACUGA